CAACUAAAUGCUGCAGUCUCGCUUGUUUGGGACAGCGUUCGCAUUCAUCUCCAUCAUGGCUUUUCUGUUUUCGCCCAUCAUCAAUCGCCUCAAGGUGCUUGGCGCUAUUGGCCGAGGUCAGAUCAAGAAUAUUCAUGGCCAGAACACCAAGGUGAUUCAGGGUACCCUGUUCACUGAAGACCUGCACUAUCACCACCCUUCGGGCUACCUAUUUGGGGCCUCGGAGCCAAAUGAGGAUAACAGAAACACAUGGUUUCCACCGUUAGUGACCUAAAACGCCAGAGAUGGAGCUGAGCUGAUGCCUCUUGUCACAUAGGUUGGAAAUGAUGUUGCUGGAAAAACUGCUCGGCGCCAUCCUCAGUUACCUUGUAAGAAACUCGAGAUUCAAAGAGCAACUCGUCGGAAGGACCCUGAGAAGCCACAAAUUAUGGUAUGAUGUUUGUUCGAUGUCACCAACAAUCGUGAAGCUUAAUAUUUUUCAUCGCAAUGACGUCAAGUCUGCGUUCCAGGUGCAGGGCUUACAUGAAGGGACUAAAUUGGGCAGAACCGGCAACUGAGCCACAAUUAAUUAUUAGGCUGUGUCAGAGAACAGAAUGCCAUAGGCACCAGUGGGUGUCAGGACACUGAACGCAGGACACUGGUGGGCCGCCGGAGGGGUGUUUCGGA